GUUACAUUUUCCUUAUUUUUCAGAUAUUUACGAAUUACGAUGGCAGAGACUCUGUUUUCCUGCGAUAUUUGUGAUCAAACCUUCACCGCAAAGUCAUCUCUAAAGCCUCACCUAAGAAUACACACUGGGGAAAAACCUUUUCCCUGUAACAUUUGUCAGAAAACAUUUAAACGAAAUGAACAUCUAAAUGUACACAUGAGAACUCAUACAGGAGAGAAACCACACAUUUGUAACAUUUGCAAAACAGGAUUUGGUCAAAAAAGCAGUUUAACCCAACAUAUAAAACUUCACACUAACGAAAAGGCAUUUUCUUGUAGUAUUUGUGACUUGAAGUUUACCCAGAAUGAAUACUUAAAAAGACACUUUCGAAUUCACACUGGGGAAAAGAAUUUCUCUUGCAGUAUAUGCAAGAAAGAGUUCGGAAGGAAGAAUCACCUAGAUCUUCACAUGAGAACCCAUACUGGUGAGAAGCCUUUCUCCUGUGACAUAUGUGAUAAAGGUUUCAAUCAGAAAUCAAACUUAAAGAGUCACAUGAUCACUCAUGUUGGACCGUCGCUGCUUCACUCUUGUGCUGUAUGCCAAAAAGGAUUCCGUCGAAACAGUGAAUUAAAGGCACACAUGCCAACACAUUCAGGAGAGAAACCUUUCACUUGCAGUGUUUGUAACAACACUUUCAGAAAAAACUGUGAUCUUAAAUCUCAUAUGUUAAUUCAUAGCAAAGAGAAAAAAUACAAUUGCAGCAAUUGUGAAAAUUCAUUUGGUCGGCUACAGGAGCUAAAUGUACACAUGAGAACUCACACAGGAGAGAAGCCCUUUACAUGCACUGUCUGUGACAAAACAUUUCGUCAAAAAGGAAAUUUGUCAAUUCAUAUGAGGAGCCAUUCCGGGGUCAAAUCUUUGCCAUGUAGUAUCUGCAGCAAAAUGUUUUUUGGAAGCUCUGGAUUAAACAGACAUAUGAAAACCCAUUCAGGGGAUAAACCUUUUGAAUGCAAAGUGUGCGGGAAAAAAUGUAGCCAAAAUUCAGGUUUAAAACUACACAUGAAAACACAUACAGGGUGAAUAAAACAAGAGAUGUGUUUACAUUGAGUCCUAAUCUGGAAAAGGCAUCAUAUUUAAGUGUCUAAAUGGCGUUAUAUCAGGAUAAAGCCUGAAAAGACUCCUGUAAGCUCAUUGCUGAUCAUUAAAGAUAGUUUAUACAAGUGUACAGUUGUUUUUAUUGGAAAAAGUGUGGAAUUUUUAUUGAAAAUAUUCCUAACAUUAAUAAUUUUAAAUUGCCGAGAAAAAUGCAUGUUUAAUUAAGUUUUGGUUAAACAAUUUGUUGAUUUUGUUUGAAAUUUAGCGACAACCCUUCCUGUUAUUAU